UCGACGUAAUGGCCUGCCCUAUCUAGAUUUCAUUCUGUGGGGUUGGCUACAAUGACGCUGUCACCCACGCGGCAUUUGUCCGAGUCUAAAGGACCCGUUAGCAACACCCUUUUUCAGUCUCCUAGCUCCAUGGACCAGAUGUGAAAGACGCCCGAGACUCUUAAAAACCUUGUUUACUAUAUUUUUCGCCAGCUUCACUCAAUUUGCUCUGUCUUUCCCUAAACGGCUGGAUGUGGUAGCCAUGUGAGAGUGCUAACCUACAGCGGUUGUUUGCAUCAAACAGCUAUUGGCUUGCCUCCAACAGUCACGGUAGAAAGACGGGUCAAAAUAAUUUCAAACGAGAGUGAAUUCAAAAGGAAGGAUAGUUGGUUGUAGAACUUUUUGAAUUAGGCAUUUGUCAACGUUUGCUAUGCUGACGACAACUGUAGAGAUCCAGUAUGAAACUCUCUUGCUGCCGUCGGUUUGCCAAAACAGCGUUCAGUCUGUAGGGGCAAAUCGAACCACUAUAAAACCCCGUCCUUUCACCUUUUCUGAGUUAACGAGCCAAUUGAAUACCCCUCUCAAUCAUUCAUGUUGUAUUCGUAGAUGCCUCUACCAGAACCCAAUACCACUACAUUCUGUCUGCUAUACCCAUCACUCUUUAUACACAACCCAUAGAUGAUAGAGCCGCGCCCACAUCGUGCUGACCGUGCGUAUGCUUAUCGGCUGCUUACUUGGCUAGAUCGGGGAAUAGUCGAUGCGCGAGGUAACCACCACCAUCCACCCCGCACACCUUAUAAUCAAAUACCUCUGUUGAAGUAUACUAGCACCAUACUAUUAAUGCUAUUGCCAACGUCCCUGCAUAUUCUCUCCUUUUAUUUGUAAUUUCAACAUUAUGCUGAAUUGGCAGUGCCAUUCUUAUGCACGUCGGGGUUUCGGGGGCGGGGAAGCGGGCCAACUCUCGCCAGCGGCGCAGGCGGAGUUUGGGCGGGAGCGGGGACGGCAUAGGACGGAGCCGCGGCACCUGUCGCAGCUGGCACAGCUGGAGCACCUGUGAUGGGAGCAUUUAUGCUUUUUUGCCAGCUGCCAACCGUUUCUUCUUCUUCCCCUCUCCCUCUUCACCACGGAGACAACGCAUCGUGCUUUUGUUUCCAGUGAAUCGAUUUUUCAUCAAGAAAGAAUUCCCUUGCGACGAAUAUUACACCAGCAUUAUGUCGUACAACACAGCUGCUGAGGUCGACAAGGCUCACGCCACUGUCACCGAGACCUUCCGAUCCAACGCGACCAAAGACCUUACAUGGCGCCGAACGCAGCUUCGAAAGCUCUGGUGGCUGCUACAGGACAACAAGGAGCGCAUCGCCGAUGCCCUCAAGCAGGAUCUCAACAAGCAUCGCCAGGAGUCUGUCCUCGUAGAUGUCGUUGGCAUCCAAGCCGCCUGUCUCGAGGCUCUCGCCAACCUCAAGAAGUGGACGGCCGAUGAGAAGCCCCGCCGCACUGAUCCCCUCAACCUUGUUGGCGGUGCUGUCAUUCGACGUGAACCCAAGGGUGUGUCGCUCAUCAUUUCCGCUUGGAACUACCCCUUCAUGGAGCUCCUCGAGCCCUUGAUUGUAGCCAUUGCUGCUGGCUGCGCUGUCGUCCUCAAGCCCUCUGAGCUUGCCCCUGCUUCCCAGGACCUCCUUGUCGAAAUCGUCCCCAAGUACCUCGACUCGAGCGCCAUCCAGAUCGUCACCGCUGGCCCCAAGGAUAUGGACCAUUUGCUCAGCAAGAAGUGGGCACACAUCUUCUUCACCGGUUCUACCGGUGUUGGAAAGAUCAUCUACGCCAAGGCUGUGGAGAACCUCUCUACCGUCACCCUCGAGCUCGGCGGCCGCGGCCCUGCCAUUGUCACUGCCAACGCAAACAUUGACUUGUCUGCUAAGCGCAUUGCAAACACCAAAUUCAUGAACUCUGGCCAGGUCUGUGUCGGUGUCAACCACAUCUUUGUCGAUCCCAAGGUCAAGAAGCCCUUUAUCGAGGCCCUCAAGAAGUACUUUGACCAGUUCCUCUCAGGCGAGGAGUCUGAGCCCAGCUACUGCACCCGUAUCGUCAACGACAAGAACUAUGGACGUCUGGAGGCUCUCCUUGAAAAGUCCAAGGGUACCGUCAUCUACGGCGGCGACCGCAACCCCAAGACACGCUACUGGGGCCCUACCAUUGUCGACAACGUCACCACCGACGACUCCCUCCUGACCGAGGAGCUUUUCGGUCCCAUCUUGCCCAUCAUUGAGGCGACUCUCCAAGAGGCCAUUGACUACACUGCUGCCCACGACCACCCUCUAUCUCUCUACGGCUUCACCGACUCCAAGGUUGAGCGCGAGGCCAUUCUCAACCAGACCAACUCUGGCGGCGUUACCUUUAAUGACUGUCUUCUGCACAUGCUCGUCAAGGAUGCACCCUUUGGCGGCGUCGGACCUUCCGGCAUGGGCGCCUACCACGGCAUCUGGGGCUUCAACGAAUUUACUCACUUCCGUACCGUCGUAACUGUGCCAUUCUGGAUGGAUCUUAUCCUGGGAUACCGCUACGCUCCGUACUCGGACUCGAAGCUCAGCAAGAUCAUCACCUUCCAGGGCCACAAGACCUCGGUGCCUUUUGACCGUGAGGGUCGCGACACUGGCUUCUUUGGAGGCUGGUUUUCCAAGUCAGUUCUAGUGCUUCUGCUGGCUGCUGCGCUGCGGUACCGCGUAUGGGAGAAACUGCUGACAAGGUAAACAGGUUCUAAAGUGCUUUUCUUCUAUCAGCAGCGCCAGAAGCUACUGUUAACCUUGAUACCGAUUUGAUUGCGGACGCCCAUCAACGUUCCUUUAUCUAUGUAUUCUUCAUUUUCGUUUGUUUUCUUAUUCUGGAUAUUUUGACGACUUGGCGUAUCUUGAUUAGUAAAUGCAGUGAAUAUAUAUUUUUUCAUCUUCUGAUUCUCUCAGGGCUCUACGUUUCCCAGCGCAUGUAAAAUUAAUCGCUUGUAGCCUUCGACAGCCGUUUCCAGCUCCCCGACAGUCAACCCCUCUUGCGGCGCAUGGCAGUCCCGGAUGUUUCCUGGCCCAUAGAGAUAUUUGGUGUAGAUGCCACCAAGUCUAGGUAUAUCUGUUCCGUAGUUGACAACAUCACGCUCGAACCCGUCGACAUCGCACUCGCACUCAACCGGCCCUCUCCCAUUCGGACAGUCAAGCUCAAACCCUCCCUUGUCGAUUCUAUCCAAAAUCUCCUGUAAUGUUUGCUUCACCAGCAGAUGCCCAUCCAUGAGGGUGCCAAUAGCUACACGUGCAAGCACCCUCAGAGUCGCCUUGUCAGGGACAAUAUUCGCCGCCAAGCCGCCGCUCCAGACACCUGUGUUGAACGUUGUAUUGCCGUAGAGGUCGGAGCUUCCCAGGUCAGACUUGCUGAUUUCAACAACAGCCCUGGCCAUCAUCUCGUUUGCGUUCUUCCCAUACUCAGGGUAUGCGCUGUGCGCAGCCUUUCCGUGAGCUGUGAUGUUGCAGGCAAGACUGCCUUUGUGGCCGCAGACAAGCUUGUUUUCGGUAGGCUCGCCAAAAAUGACGGCGUCAAAGGGCCUUUUAUCUGUCGGAGGUAAUGAAUCGUUGAACUCUGUCAUCCCGUAUCCUCCUGUUUCCUCGCCGACAACAAACACCAUGCCCACUGCCCCCUUGUCAAUCAAUGCCUGCUUCUCCAGUUCUUCGACUGCGAUAAUCAUUGCUGCAACGCUUGCUUUUGCGUCUACCGUUCCCCGGCCAGAGAUUAGGGUUUGAUCGGUAAUCGAGUCGCCUUCAUGUUCGAUGGAGUACUCAAUAAAGGGCGGCACGACGUCAAUGUGGCUCGACACGAGGACCUUUGCACUCAGCUCUUGGGCGUCGCCGGACCACGCCAACACAUUGAAGCGCCGAUCAGAUGGGUUCGUGCUGCCAGCCUCGAGAGGAACAGUCUGCCGCGCAGUGUUGAAGCUGUGAGCUGUCAAGUAUGAAAUGAGCUGCUCUCCCACAGCGACUUCAUUGCCUGAGAUGGACGAGAUGUUGGCAAUGGAUUUGUGCAGCGCGAGCAGUUCGUAUCUAUACGGCGGUGCUGUAUGGGAUACCGCAAGGCCCAUCAGAGACAUUUGAUCAAGACGCAUUCUUGCCGUCCAAUGGAAAAUAGGAUUAUGCGUGAGAAGUGCGGGCUGGUCGGGCGCUAUGCUCGUAUCUUAAGAUAGCAGCUUCUUAGUGGAUGUAGACUCUGGUACUAACAGCGCAUACUCUGAUUAUGCUUCUGUGAGAUAUUUUAAAAGACAAACUGGCUUUUGUGAACCCCCGCCCGGAUCAUGUGCCAGGGGAUGCCGCUUUUUUGUCUU